CGGGGCAUGGGGGGGACUAGAACAACCUAGAAAUAUCUUUACGGAUAAGACCAAAACACCCGUGGGAGGAGUUUUUGGCUCCGUUACGAUACCGGUGAACAGCGCAGCACCGUCUUUCUUGGAAGCCAAGCCAUAUUCUUCGUGGAAAAGGGAGAGGGGAACCUAUAAAUAUCACAACCAAGUAACGAAUCCCGUACCAUCCAUCCGAAUACCAACCAGGAACAUACGAAGAGCUGACAGAUAGAAAAGGAGGAAAAAGAGAGGAAGAGGAGAGAUGGGACGAGGAGGAACAGAAGCGUUUCCUGAUCUGGGAGCACACUGCGACCACGAGGAUUGCAAGCAGCUCGAUUUUCUACCAUUCACCUGCGAUGGCUGUCAAAGGGUGUUCUGCUUGGAACAUCGAACUUACAAGGCACACAGCUGCCCAAAAGCAGAGCAUAACAGCAGAAUAGUUGUGGUGUGCCAAGUCUGCUCAAUGUCCAUCGAGAAGAAGGCAGGUGAGGAGGACUCAACCAUAUUGGAGCGGCAUGAGAGGUCUGGAGACUGUGAUGCCCGCAAGAAGCACAAGCCAAGGUGCCCUGUGAGACGCUGCAAAGAGCUACUGACAUUCUCCAACAACAGCACAUGCAAGACAUGCAACCAGAAAGUCUGUCUGAAGCACAGAUUCCCUUCAGACCAUGCCUGCAAACCGGCCUACAUGAAGGACGCCAAAGUUCCGGUUCGAUUGCCGGCGAGGAAUGGUACAGAUUGUGGCGACAGAAAGAGCAGCAGUGUGCCUUCCCAUCAAAACCUGUUGACAUCGCACUAGCUUCUUUCCUCAAUUGCAAAAUUUGAUCUAUAAGGAUAAUGUCAUGAUGCAUCCAGUAACAUAGCUCUUGAUUUCGUUCAAAGACAAAUGUUGAAUAAACAGAUGUCAACCUUGGAUUCAAAAGGGUUAAACUUGAGAACAAUGCUUGCUUUUGAUGAUUUACAGGAUCCAGUUUAAUAUGCA